UGCGGAAUGGUGGUCUUCAGCUUAUAUGGACUUGGGCAAUCGUCCCUAAAGAACUAGCUUUUGGAAUUGAAUUAGGCCAGUGCCGUAAUUUUACAUUCCAAAGAGUGUCAAAGAUUGAGCAAGUUUAUUCUUUAAGUCAGCAACACAAUAUGGAAGAGAAGAGGAAGAUCGCGAAAGAUGUUAUGGAACUUAUAGGAAGCACCCCUAUGGUAUAUCUCAACAAAAUCGCGGAAGGUUGUGCUGCCCAAAUUGCAGCCAAAAUGGAGACAAUGCAACCAUGCUCAAGUAUUAAAGAUAGGGUCGCAUGGAGUAUGAUCAAAGAUGCAGAAGACAGGGGCCUGAUUACGCCUGGAAAGACCGUCCUCAUUGAGAUAUCUAGUGGAAAUACUGGCAUUGGUCUUGCGUCUAUUGCAGCAGCUCGUGGGUAUAAACUUGUGAUAGUGAUGGGAGCAAAAUAUAGUAUUGAAAGAAGGAUUGUUCUUAAAGCUUUGGGGGCUGAAUUAUACAUCACGGAUCCUGCCAAAGGUACAGAUGGUGUGCUUCAAAAGGCCCAAGAGAUAAUAGAUACGACACCCAACUCUUAUGUUCUUCAUCAGAGCGAAAACCCUGCCAAUCCAAAGGCAGUUUACAAAACUUAAUGUACGAUAUUGCCGCUAAAAGUUAUUUUUACAGUAGUAGUAGUAGUGUGUGUUCCAUUUGUGAUGUGCAUUCUGAUAUCAUCACGACAUGUAUAGUUCCUUUUUCUUUUGGAAUAUAUUCAGGUAGGAAUAU